CACUACCGUCACCACAACAAUUACCGUGUUUGGUAACGAAACGAUAACGCGGGCUCGUUCGGUUAGCAAUAACAACAAUAUUAUAUAAUAUCGCAUGGUAUUUUAUAAUUUUCAUGUAUAAUUUUUUAAUAAUUUUUCUCGUCUCGGCGCGCCCACGACAAUCAUUUUCGUGUAUAACGUCACCGCAACUACAACAGGACGGUCUCGCAACGAGUCGUACCUGUCGUACCUGCUAACACCGUCGUCGCGAAAAACGCUUGUCACUAGCCGCCAAACGGUAUAAAUUUCGGUCUUUUUCAUUCCAUCGUCCACCGGCGGUCGCGGUCAAACGCGAGCUCGCGCGCGCCCGCACGAACGCACGCACGCACGUACGCACGCACGGCGGCGGCGGCGGCGUUCGGCUGCUCUACGGCGGCGGGCAACUACACCGGAGGCGACCUGCCCGCAAACCACACACAGUCCCAAUGGCGCGCGGCGGCAUUUGCCGGCGGCUCGGCGUCGUCGUUCUGGUGAUCGUCCCAUGUCUGCUGUUGCUGGUCCAAGAAACGCAACAGGCGGCUUGUAGAGGAUGCACCAAUCCAUUUAAAUGCGACUGUAAAGGAAUUGUCGGAGAACCUGGUGACAAAGGUAUUUUUGGACUACAAGGUUCAGAAGGACCUCCAGGAGAAACAGGUCAGGAUGGUCCACCAGGGUCAAAAGGAGAAAAAGGAUCGUUUGGUGAACGAGGAGAUACCGGUUUAAAAGGAUAUCGAGGUGAAAAUGGUUUACCUGGUUCACAAGGAAUUGACGGUGAUAAAGGAUAUCCAGGUGUAAUUGGACCACCAGGACUGAAAGGAUUAGAAGGAUGUAAUGGAACGGAUGGUAAUGACGGACUUUCAGGCGAAGAUGGAGUUCCCGGUGAAAGAGGUUUAACAGGACUCGAUGGUCUACAGGGAUUAAGAGGAGAUCCCGGUGAUGGAGGUGCAAAUAGCAAAGGCCUUAAGGGUGACAGAGGUGAAUCAAGUUCACCAGGUACACAAGGUGAACCAGGAUAUCCUGGAAUCGAUGGUAUACAAGGAGAAAUUGGUAUACCUGGAAAACAAGGACUUACUGGAGAUCCAGGAUAUGAUGGACCAAAGGGUGAUACUGGUGACUCUCAACCAGGUUCUAAAGGUGCUAUUGGAGACGAAGGAGAUCGGGGAGAACCAGGACCCCCAGGUACACCCGUUGAUAAUGAUCCUCGUUUGGAUCCUCCUAUUGAUGAUAAUGUAUACAAAGGACAACCGGGAGAACGUGGUCCUAAAGGAGAUAGUGGAACACCUGGGUAUAAAGGCGAAACAGGUGCUAAAGGUCUUAUGGGUCGUCCCGGAUACAAUGGAUUUAAAGGAAUAAAAGGUUCGCAAGGUAAUGUUGGUCAAAGAGGAAAAGAUGGCAAUGUUGGUCAAGUUGGUCCUAGUGGCAUGAAAGGCGAUAAAGGAGCUCCGGGAUACUCGGGAUUAGCAGGUGAAGAUGGAGAAAAAGGUGGAAUUGGUGAUCCUGGGCGUGUAGGAAUUCCAGGAGUACAAGGUAUUGAAGGGGAACCAGGCAUAUAUGAUCCAAAUUUGGAUGAAAUUAGAAAUGGUUCUGAAGGACCUCAAGGACCUAUUGGUCCUGAGGGUUUCAGAGGAGAAGAUGGAUUACCAGGAAGGAUUGGUCAACCAGGAAUUAUGGGACCACCUGGUGAACCAGGACCUCCAGGUAUUCCUGGGUCAAGAGGUCCAAAAGGAUUAUCUGUAAAAGGAGAACAAGGAAUUGAAGGGUUGGCUGGGCCUAGGGGAGAACAAGGACCUCUAGGAUUUCCAGGACCUAUUGGUCCAAUCGGCGAAAAAGGAUUUCAAGGCGUAACUGUGUUUGGACCUCCUGGUGAAGAUGGUCGCAUUGGUCGUGAUGGUUCUCAAGGGCCUAAAGGAGACCAGGGUGAUCAAGGAUUCAAAGGACCAAAAGGUUUCCCCGCAACACGUCCAGGAGAACGAAUUGUUGGACCACGCGGAGCUCCUGGUAUCCCAGGAUUUUCUGGUAUGCCCGGAGAUCCCGGACUUCCCGGAUUUCCUGGCAGAGAUGGUUUAAAAGGACUUCCGGGUGAUGAUUGCGGUUAUUGCAAUCCAGGCAUUAAUGGAGCGAAAGGUGAUUCUGGAGAUGAUGGACAAAAUGGUGCUCCAGGAGCUCCAGGACUUGCUGGUUUAACUGGAAUACGAGGACCAAAAGGAACGAUGGGCGCACCUGGAUUACCAGGUUAUAAAGGAUCUACUGGAAGACCUGGAUCAAGAGGAUUGGCUGGGAACCCUGGAAUGCCAGGAGAAAGAGGAUCAGUCAAUACAGGUGGAUAUUCUAAAAACUUCAACAUAGGUGAAAAGGGUCCAAAAGGAAUUGCAGGCAGAGAAGGCAAUAUGGGUUCAAAUGGCUUACCUGGAGCACCUGGAUUACCAGGCCGUACGGGUAAAAAGGGAAUGAAGGGUCAUUAUGGAGAUUCAGGAAUACCCGGUACCGAUGGCCGUCCUGGAGAACAUGGUAAAGUUGGAGUUAAAGGAGAUCCUGCUGAUGAAUUAAAUCCUGAAUACUUAGUAGGAGACCCAGGGUAUUCUGGUAUUCCUGGAGCUAAAGGUGAAAAAGGUAGUACAGGUUCUGUAGGAGAACCCGGUGAUACCAGUGAAUUUAUAAGCGAUAAUAAAGGAGAAAAAGGCCUUAAAGGCAUAAUUGGUGAUGAAGGUCUACAUGGACUUCAAGGACCGAAAGGAGUAGAAGGAGACCAAGGUUUUGUUGGAUUUCCCGGUCCAGCCGGUCCUCCUGGUAUAGUUACUGAAGGUCCUCCAGGGUUAAAAGGAUAUCCUGGAGCUAUGGGUGAUCAAGGUUUAAAAGGAGAAGACGGUAUUCCAGGAAAACCAGGUCCACCAGGAUUACCAGGUCCACCUAGUCAAAAAGGGGACCGUGGAGAUCCAGGUCAGAGCAUAUUGGUUGGAGAUAUUGGUGACGAUGGUCUUAAAGGAGAAAAAGGUGAACCUGGAGAAGAAGGAAUUACUGGCAAUAAAGGUUAUCCUGGUUUAGAUGGAGAUUAUGGUCUAAAAGGUCAAAAAGGCAGUCCUGGUAUUAUAGGUCCAACCGGAAUUCCGGGUACAAAAGGCGAACGAGGAAUAUCAAUCAGAGGACCUGCUGGAUUACCUGGAGCACCCGGAUUAGCUGGAUUAUCGAUUAGUUUUGGAUCAGUUGGUCCAAAAGGAAUUGACGGCGAACCUGGCUUAAAUGGAACUAAAGGAUUAAAAGGAGAAUGGGGAUUAGUAGGACUCAGAGGAAUAGAUGGUGACCCAGGUCCAGAAGGUAGACCAGGAAGAAGUGGUCAAAUGGGAAAAUUAGGUGACACUGGUUUCACUGGUGAUAUUGGUGACAAUGGAGUUCCAGGAUUAAAAGGUUAUGAAGGAAGACAGGGUAUUUUUGGUCAAAUUGGCGAAAAAGGAAGCCGUGGAGAUUUCGGUUUGCAAGGUGUGCCAGGAUUAAGAGGACAAACAGGUGAUAAGGGACCUACAGGCAACCAAGGGCUUCCUGGAAUUCCUGGUAUAAGGGGAGAUUAUUCAUUUAGUGGUCCGAAAGGUGAAAAUGGUGCCACAGGAAGAGAUGGUGAAAUCGGUUCUACUGGUUAUCGGGGAUUGGACGGCCAAAAAGGUAUGCGUGGUGACAACGGAACAACAGAAAUUGGAUUGCCCGGUGAAAAAGGUUUUAAAGGAGAACCUGGCAUUGAUGGCAAACCUGGACAACCAGGACGAAAGGGUUUAAUGGGAGACUUGGGUAUGGUAGGAGAUAAAGGCAUCAUUGGAGACGAAGGUCCAAAAGGUUACCCAGGAUUAAAAGGACGAUCUGCCAUGCCAGGAAUAAAGGGACUUCCUGGAGCACCUGGUACGCCCGGUAUUCCAGGGAAUAAAGGCCAACGUGGAUUAGAAGGCAUGCCUGGUGAAAUUGCAAAACCAGGUUUACCUGGAGAUAUAGGAUACAGAGGUGCAAUUGGUUUAGAAGGUUUAAAAGGAUUCAAAGGACCUUCUGGAGAUCCCGGUUAUGAAGGUUUCCUUAUUGGAACAAAAGGAGAAGCUGGAGAUCGAGGUCACGUGCAUUUAAGAGGUUCACCAGGUCCACCUGGUUUAAUGGGACUACAAGGAAUUAAAGGACCUAAAGGUGUAAGAGGUGACGAUGGAACUCCUGGACUCGUUGGACUUACAGGAAUAUAUGGAAUUAAAGGAGAAGAAGGUGACACUGGUCCUGAAGGUCUGCCAGGUGUUCCUGGCUUCAACCCAGAACAUGGUGAAAAAGGAAGAAGUGGCAUAGACGGAGUUCCUGGAAGGCCUGGUAUAGAUGGACCAAAAGGAGCACCUGGAGAAUAUGGAGAUGAUGGGGAAAAUGGAUAUGCUGGGCCACGUGGAUUAAGUCCGAAAGGAGAAAAGGGAAAAUCUGGUCUUAGAGGUGAAUCUGUCCAAGGCGAACCAGGAGCUAAUGGUGCUCCAGGAAUUGAUGGACAACCCGGUAGACCUGGAUUAAAAGGUCUGAAAGGUGAACCCGGUAUUGCAAAAUAUAGCCAAAAAGGAGAACAGGGCGAGUUUGGUCCAGCUGGAUUACUUGGGUUACAGGGUGAAAAAGGUGAAAUUGGAGAAGCUGGAUUUGAAGGAAUGCCAGGUCUUCCUGGUUUAAAGGGAAUACAAGGUAUGCAAGGACAACCUGGAAAUACAGGAUUUAUGGGAAUACCUGGAAUUAAAGGCAGAAAAGGAGAAUACGGCGAAUCGUUGUAUUAUAACGAGACUCAACUUAGAGGACAACCCGGUGAUGAUGGACCUCCGGGAUUACAAGGGUUACGAGGACUACCUGGUGAUGCUGGAUUCUAUGGACGUAAUGGCUUACAAGGAGAACGUGGUGAAGCUGGUUUCCCUGGCUUAGCUGGAAAUAAAGGUCUAAAAGGUCCCAAAGGACAAAUGGGAAGACAAGGACUUCAAGGAAAAUAUGGUCCGAGAGGAUAUUCUGGUCGUCCUGGAUUGCCUGGUAUUGAUGCUCUGCCAACGAAACGACCGCCACACCAAGGAAACUUCUUCACAUAUCAUUCCCAAACGGACAUUAUUCCAGAGUGUCCAAAGAACACAGUUCAACUUUGGUCGGGUUAUUCGCUUUUACAUUUUAUGGGAAACGCCAAAGCACAUGGGCAAGACUUAGGUGCACCGGGUAGUUGUUUGAGAAAAUUCAAUACUAUGCCAUUCUUAUUCUGUGAUGUAAACGAAGUAUGUAAUUACGGUAGUAGGAACGAUUACAGUUAUUGGCUAAGCACUCCUGAACCAAUGCCUUUGAUGAUGACACCAAUUCUAGGUUCCGAUAUUUCUAAAUUCAUAUCAAGAUGUUCUGUGUGUGAAGCUCCAACAAAAGUAAUUGCAGUGCACAGUCAAUCGAUGUCCAUACCUGAAUGUCCAAAUGGUUGGAGUGAGUUGUGGAUUGGAUACAGUUUUAUCAUGCACACCGAUUCCGGUGCUGAUGGUGGUGGCCAAUCGUUGGUCAGCCCGGGGUCUUGCUUGGAAGAGUUUAGACCAAGACCGUUUAUUGAGUGCCACGGAAUAGGACGUUGUAACUUCUACACCACUGCUUAUUCGUAUUGGUUGUCUACAAUCGAAGAUCGUGAUAUGUUCAGGAAGCCCCGGCCCCAGACACUCAAACAAAAUACGUUGCAAACGCGUAUCAGCAGGUGUUCGGUGUGUCUGAGAAACCGAUACUGAACUAUCAGUCAGUUUUUAAGAAGCAAUAUUCACUUUUUUCUUUUUUUCAUUAUUAAUUAUUUCUUUAUACGAAUAUUCUAAUACUUAUAAUAUUAUAUUAAACAUAAAAUCGAUGUGUUCUGUUAGGCAACAAGUCAUUAGUAUUUAUAUUUUUUGAAUUAUAUAUUAUAUAUAUAUAUUUUUAAUAUUAUUCGUAUUUAUACCAUUGUGAUUUACAAAAUGUAUUUCGAAACAAUUUAC